AUGCCAAUGUCAACAACCACAGACAUGCCGAUCGCCCCCACCUCCACCACCGCGGAAGAAGCGGCUGAUGUUGCAGGCAAGACGGAGCAGUUUACAUCCGCAGAUGAGCAGCCUCGUCCCGCCGAGGUCAACGCCAACGCAAUGGGUGAGCCUGGCAACAACUUCCAAGCAGACUCUGCGGAUAGCGCGGACACGAACAACACGAACCAACGCCACCAUCAGCCUCGGCCCCGCGAUCAUCAACGCCACCGCGACGCCCGCGAAUCUUCCUCUCAGAACCAUCGCGGGGGUGCGCGUCGACGCUCUUUUAUGCGCCGCGGCGUUGACACUCGAUUGCUCAAAGUGUUUGUGGGUAACAUCCCCUACGCCACGCAACGCUCGACCCUCGAGUCCAUCUUUGGUGACUACGGCAAAAUCGUCGAGGCCGUCAUCAUUGCUGAUCAAAACACCGGCCGUAGCAAAGGAUACGGCUUUGUGACGUUUGCCAACCCGGCCUCCACUGCCCGCAUCGUCUUUUCCGAGACCCCUUUUGUGAUUGAGGGUCGGACGGCCAACUGCACUCUGGCCUAUGCCAAUCAAAUGGAGCGGGAGGGUCAAAACCCAAGCACAGUCCUAGACAAGCUUCGACAGUAUCUGCAUCCAGCAUGGGCCCACAUGGCUUUGCACACCGGUGGUCAGCCCGUCGCGGACAUGUCGCCCUAUGGCGGCUCGGCCGUGGUUGGCCUUGCCAAUGGUGGUUCCUAUGAUCCCUCUGGCUCGCCGCAUGCGCAUUCCACCGGUGUCGUACCAAUCCAAGCGCCCCCAUGUAUGUUCAGACUCACGAUUGAUCCUCCGUGCUACAUGUGUGCUACAUGUGUGUGA